AUGUCGAAGAUCGACAAGCUCUCCAUCUCGGGCGUCCGCUCCUUCAGCCCUUCCGUCCGAGAGGCCAUCCAGUUCAACACCCCACUGACACUGAUCGUGGGAUAUAACGGCUCCGGCAAGACUACCAUUAUCGAAUGUCUCAAGUAUGCUACCACCGGUGAGCUGCCGCCCAACAGCAAGGGCGGUGCUUUCAUCCAUGAUCCCAAGCUAUGUGGUGAGAAAGAGGUCAUGGCCCAGGUGAAGCUGCAGUUCCGAUCGAUCAACGACCGUCAACAUGUCGCAACCCGAAGUAUACAACUCACUGUCAAGAAAACCACCCGCUCCCAGAAGACCCUUGACUGUUCCCUCGUUGUGGUCAACAAUGGGGAACGUACGACUACAUCGACCCGUACGGCUCAACUUGAUGAGAUGAUUCCCGAGCGACUUGGUGUUUCACCUGCGAUCCUUGAUGCCGUCAUAUUCUGUCACCAAGACGAGUCCCUUUGGCCGCUAAGCGAACCUGCCGCCUUGAAGAAGCGUUUCGAUGAGAUUUUUGAGGCCAUGAAGUACACCAAGGCCAUCGACAACCUCAAGGUGCUCAGGAAGAAGCAGGUCGAGCAACUAGGCAAACUCCAGAACGAUGAGGCCCACAACAAAGUGAACAAGGACCGAGGUGACCGAGCCGAAAAGAGAAUGAACGCGCUGCAAGAGGAUAUUGAGGGGGCAAGGGCCAAGUGCGAGUCCAUCAGCACUGAAAUGGACAACACCCAGGAAAUAAUCCGGGAAAUCCGAGAGACAGCCAACAGCCAUCUUGCGAUCGUUCAAAACCUCAACACAAAGCGCGAGCAACUCGAGUACCGAGAAGAGGCCGUCAAGGAGCUCAAGGCUACGAUAGAUGAACUUCCAGAGGAUGACGCUCGACUAGAAAGCGAUCUUGCCCACUAUGAAGACCGCAUGCAGCAUCUUCAAGAAGAAGCUGACCAAAACAAAACCCAGUAUAAUGAGUUGCAAAACGAGCUGGCGCGUUCACGGAAAGACCUGUCCGCCAAACUCUCAGAGCAAGGCAAGCAUCAGUCCGACAAGGACAAGUAUGAGCGCCAGAUCAAGACCCGCAUGGAGAUGAUCCAGGAAGCUGCCCAGACAUAUGGCUUCUCGGGUUUUGAUGGCGAUUUGUCUGAUCACCAAGUGAAGUCGUUUAAUGAUCGACUUCAGAAGCUUCUCAAUGAGAAGAAGCGAGAUUUGGAACGCCUCCAAAAGGAAAACUCAGUUGAGCUGGAUCGAGCUACUGGUGUCAUUACUGAGCUGGAGGGUCGCAAGGCCGCCCGAACGCAGGAUCGUGUAUCAGCUAAACAACGGAUGACUGCCAUCGAGAAACGCACAGCUGUUCUCCACAACGAGUCGGGUCUGAUCGAUGUUGAUGAGGGUGCCAAGGCUAUCCUGGAUGGGCAGAUGCAAGACCUCGACAGCAGGUUCCAGACAUCUCAGAAGGCCUUUGAGAAUGCGGACUGGGACAAUCAACUAUCGACCGAAAAUGACAAGCUUCAUCAACUUGAGAAUGAAAGCGAUAAGCUGGGCAGAGAGCUGGUCGAGUGCACUCGUCUCGCCUCGGAGAGAGCUCAACUCGACUACAGGAAAAAGGAACUUGCCGACCGCAAACGCAAGCUUGAUACUCUGACAAGCACGUGGAAGGCAAAGCUGGAUAAGAUCAUUGGUAGCGAUUGGGAGCCGGAAUCGCUUGAUAGCAAAUUCCAGUUGGUUGUCAAGGAUCAGAACAAGGUUGUAAUGGACGCUCAGAAGCGACGCGACCAGACACGCCAGAAGCAACAGAAAGUUGAGUUCAGAAUGAGAACGGCGAAGGAAUCACUUGACAGGAAGUCAAAGGAGGCCACGAGCUGUCAGCAACAGGUCGUCGAUGCUCUCCAGACGGUCCGAGACAAUGCGAUUGUUGAGGACUACACUGAAGAGGUUGAGACAGCAGAGCAGCAGGUUGAAGAGCUGAGGAAUGACCUGAGUCUCUUUGACGCCCUUGUGGAUUACUACAACAAGUGUAAGCGCAUGCUUGACUCGAAGCGAAAGUGCUUGCUCUGUGAGCGCCACUUUGAUGACAACCAAGCUGCAAGCUUGGAACGUUUGAGCAAGAAGAUUGAGAAGAAUCUCGACCCCAAGGGCAAAGUUGACACUGAAAAGGACCUGAAGGAGGCAGUGGCGAGCCUUGAAAAGCUGCGGUCGGUACGAUCAGUUUACGACACCUAUGAACGGUUGUCAGCUGAGCUCCCGUCCCUUCGCGACGAAUGCAAGGCCGUUGAGGUCGAGUUUGACGCUCUGGAGAGGCAGCUCGAAGAGCAAACAUCGGUCGUGUCGGCCGAAGAAGAAAAGCAGAAAGACUUGGAAGAUAUGUCCAAGACUGUCAUGAACAUUACCCAGACUGUCAAGGAUAUCGGAGAGUCAGAGACUCAGGUCGAUCGCAUCAUGUCUCAGCAGAUGUCGGGCGGUGCAACUCGAAGCCCUGACGAGAUCCACGAGCUUCAGGCUGGCGUGUCUGAGCAGAUGAGGAGCCUGAAGAACCGCAUCUCCAAGUUGACCACGGACCGUCAGCGCAUGAAAGAUCAGCUGAGCGCACUCGAGCUUGAGAAGAGUGAACUGAGAAACAAGAUUAGCCGUGCAGCUGGGCAACUGGACAAGAAGAAGGAUCUGCAAAACCAGAUUCAGGUUUUGAAGGAGGAACUCUCUCACCAGCGAGAGGUGAUUCAACGCGCCGAUGAAGAAUUGGAGAGCAUUGAACCCAGUAUCAACGAGGCAAGGUCCGCCCGAGACGACGUACUUCGACGUGGUCGAUCAAAGGAGCAAGUCAUUGCCGAUACCCGUGACAGUGUUGCGAACUCUGUCAGCGAGAUGAAGAUGAUGGACACGGACAUCCAAGACUACAUCGACCGAGGCGGCCCCUCGAAUCUUGCAUCUAACCAGCGCGCCAUUGCCACGCUUGAAAAGACGAUUGCGAACACUGAAAAGGAGGUGACAGACCUCACAGUCCGCACAAACAAACUGAAGCAAGACAUUGAUAACGGAGACCGGAAGAAGAAGAACAUCAGGGAUAACCUCAACUACCGCAAGAAUCUUCGCACAGUCGAGGUGAUCCGCGGGGAGAUAUCCGAGCUCGAGGACCGCAACGCAGACGAAGACUAUGAACGUCUCCAGGCUGAGGCUCGUGCGCACGAGGACCACUACAACCGCCUUCUCGCGGAGCGUGGCUCUGUCAUGGGGGCCAUGAAGACCAAGGACGAGGAGCUCGGAAGACUGCUUCAGGAGUGGGAGAUGGACUACAAAGAUGCCAAGAGAAAGUACCGAGAGUCACACAUUCGCGUGGAGACUACCAAGGCUGCGAUUGAAGAUCUCGCGCAGUGCAGUUCGGCCGUUGACAAGGCGGUGAUGCAGUUUCACUCGAUGAAGAUGUCUGAAGUGAACCGCAUCGCUGGCGAGUUGUGGCAGAGCACAUACCAAGGUACCGACAUUGACACAAUUCUCAUUCGUUCAGACAACGAGUCAAGCACGGGCAAGCGCAACUACAACUACCGACUUUGCAUGGUCAAGCAAGAUACGGAGAUGGACAUGCGUGGGCGAUGCUCGGCUGGUCAAAAGGUUCUCGCAUCCAUCAUCAUCCGUCUGGCGUUGGCCGAGUCGUUCGGCGUCAACUGUGGUCUCAUUGCACUGGAUGAGCCUACAACCAACCUUGACCGCGACAACAUCAAGAGUCUGGCAGAGAGUCUGCACAUGAUUAUCAAAGCUCGCCAGGCCCAGAGCAACUUCCAGCUCAUCGUCAUCACACACGACGAGGAGUUUUUGCGACAUAUGAGAUGCAGCGAUUUCUGCGACAGUUUCUUCCGUGUCAAACGUGACGAGCGACAGAACAGUGUCAUUUCCAGAGAGAUACUACGGCUGAUUCCUCGAAACAUUCUGACGACGAGACAAUCAAGUAGCGGAGUGCACUGCUCUGCAUUAUUGAUUAGCAAUCCAUUCCUCGACGCGGUCUACGGCGCCUUCCGAAAAAGGUCUAUUGCAACUACAUUGACAACUCUCAAUUCAAUUCAUUUACGGAAUUUCCGCUUCUUCAGUGUCGUCAGUCUUGUCAACUGUCCUGUCUUGACAAUGGCGGCCUCGACAACAAAUCCAAACCAGAGGAUCAGUUCUGAGACCACGCUCGACGACAUUGAGCGAGACGGGGCUGCUCCUUCUCCUUCCAAUGCAGAGGCAAGCCCAGGAAAUGACAAUGUCCCGGCGGCUGCUCCUGCCCCCGAGGCUGGGCGGACCAAGCUCGAAACCUUCCUAAUCAUGUUUGCGCUCGGACUUGCGCUCUUCCUCGCCGCUUUGGAUGUCACCAUCAUCACAACUGCUGUUCCUACGAUAUCCAACGAAUUCAAGUCUAGUCAGGGCUAUAUCUGGAUAGGAAGCGCUUAUCUACUCGGAAAUGCUUCUUUCCUACCAACGUGGACGAAACUGUCAGAUAUCUUUGGGAGGAAGCCCAUCAUCCUCGUGGCGGCCGUCACCUUCUGGAUCGGAUCUCUGCUAUGCGCUGUGAGCAAAAAUAUGGCCAUGCUCAUCGCCUCGCGUGCCAUUCAAGGCGUUGGAGGAGGUGGUCUAGUGGUGCUCCCCAACAUCGCCAUCAGCGACCUCUUCUCCAUAAGGAACCGAGGCAUGUACUUUGGCAUCUUGGGCAUGGUAUGGGCACUAGCCUCUGCUGUCGGUCCCAUCCUCGGCGGCGUCUUUACCAGCCAAGUCAACUGGCGUUGGUGCUUCUAUAUCAACUUGCCCCUGUCAGCUGUUGCCAUUGUCAUCCUGAUCUUUGUCCUCAAGCUGCACAACCCCCGGACGCCGAUGAAGGAGGGUCUUUUGGCUCUCGACUGGCCGGGCAGUUUGCUCAUGAUCGGCGGCACAAUCAUGUGGUUGCUAGGAAUCGAGCUUGGGGGUGUCAGUUUUCCCUGGAACUCGGCCACCAUCAUUUGCCUCCUCAUCUUUGGCGUCGUGACGUCUGCCAUCUUUCUCGUCUAUGAGUGGAAGGUUGCCAAGUUCCCCAUUAUGCCUCCCUAUCUCUUCCACAAGCAAAACAGCAACGCGGCCUUUGGGCUGGCCUUUACACAUGCCUUUGUCUUCAUGUCUGGCAGCUACUGGCUACCGCUAUACUUUCAAGGCGUACUCGGGGCAUCGUCUUUGCUUUCUGGCGUAUAUCUACUACCCUUUGUGCUCUCCCUGUCGUUCGUCUCAGCCGCAGCUGGCAUCAUCAUCAAGAAGACGGGUCGCUACAAGAUAGUCAUCGUCUCGGGCAUGUUUGUGACUGUCCUGGGCUUUGGCCUUCUCAUCAAUCUCGAGCCACGUGCGAACUGGGUCAAGAUCAUCAUCUUCCAGAUGGUCGCGGGCUUUGGUAUUGGCCCCAACUUCCAGGCGCCCCUGAUCGCACUGCAGACAAACAUCGAGCCACGAGACAUUGCCGCUGCCACCUCAACCUUUUCGCUGAUCCGUCAGCUUGGUACCUCGGUGUCGGUUGUUAUCGGCGGUGUCAUCUUCAACAACGAGAUGGAGAGGCAGUAUCCCAAGCUCGAGCGGGAGCUGGGCCCCGACCUAGCGAACUUGCUGUCGGGCUCCAACGCGGCGGGUAACGUACAGGUCGUGGGUGAGAUGAGCGGUCAUGAAGGUCAGGUGGCCAAGACGGCCUACUGGAAGAGCCUGCAGACAAUGUACAUUGUCUAUACCUGCUUUGCUGGUCUGGCCCUCAUCAUCAGCAUGAUGAUCAAGCAGGUGAACCUCAGCAAGGAGCAUCAGGAGCACAAGACGGGUCUCAUGUCGCUCAAGGGGAGGAAGGAUGCGAAAAAUGACAAUGAGAAAGCGACUGACAACUAACCUGGCGUUUAACAUGCUCUCACAGAGGUUCAACCCAUGUAGAGUUGGAUUGCAUUUUUGGUAUACAUGUCCUUUUAUUCAUGUCUCAAGCGUAGCAUUUAGAUUGUAAUG